UUCUAUCGCGGCGUGUGUGGGAGAGGUUGUGCAGCGUCGCUUGUCUGUCAUGCUCUGUGAAUUACCUGCCCAGUUCGCGAUCAGUGUGUGGGAGUGCGCGAUGGACCCGAUGUGAUGCGGCCGCAGGAGAGGACAAUGAGGGUGAAGCUCCGCAGUCUGCUGCAGCAAGUGGGUCUAGGGUGUGCCGCAGUCACUGUUUGUGUCUUGGUCUUCCAAAAUUUAGCUCAGGGCCUUCGGGACGCGGCCAGGUCCGAGAGGGCCACUGCUGCCGCCCAGAAAUUUCCUGUCCUGCACGCAUGGCCCGACAGAGCCCCCAGGUCCCUCAACAGAGACUAUGAACUGCCGGCGGGAGUGGAGAACACCCUGGUGGGGGAGGAGCCGGUGCAGGAGCCUGAGCCCGGCGUGAGGGAGGAGGAGGAAGAGGAGAGGAAGAGAGGGCUGCUGAACACCCUGGUGGCCACGGCUACGGCCAAGCCCACCACCACCCUCGACCACCUCUUCAUCAGCAUCAAGACCACCAAGGCCUUCCACAAGACCAGGCUGGAUCUCGUCCUCAAGACCUGGUUCACUCUCGCGCGCCAACAGGUACGUGUGGCGUCGUGUGGUGAUCAGUGGUGUGGUGAGGUGUGGCGUCGUGUGGUGAUCAGUGGUGUG